GGACAUACGUAUAUAUAGGUGGCUUUCCUUGACAAGACCUAGCGACUCGUCAACAUGCUCUUCAAAGCAUUCGUCAGCUUUGCGCUUGCAUGUACCGGAUCUGGUGCGGCCAUCACGCUGCCUCUCAAGCGCGGCGGAUCAAGCGCUUCAAGCUUCAGCAGCACAGUCGCCAAGCGCAACGCUCUGCUCGGCUUCACGACGCCCAUCAAGGUGACCGACGAUGGAGCAUGGCGCGUUGAGAUCAACAUUGGCGAACCUGCUUAUCCGGUCGAGUUCCAGAUCGACAGCGGAAGCGCUCUCACCUUGACAGGCGUCGAGCACGGCUAUCGUCACACGGUAACCACAAAGAAUACCUCGAUCACCUUUGAUGAAGGCUUUGGCGAUCAGAGCGAUGUCAAGGGCUUCCUCGUACAGGAUCGCUUGUCUCUAUCUAGCAGCGUGACUGUCGAUGGUUACCUCGGCGCAGCUUUCCAGAAUGACUUCUUUGCAGCCGCCGAGCCAGGCACGGCCGGCGUUCUGGCUCUGGGUAACAGAGCCAUGUUCGAUCAGACCCUGAACAACAAGUCAAAUGCGAUUCCCACCUUUACAGAGGCUUUGCAGGAGGCCAAGCUGAUCGAGGAAAAGAUCGUCACGCUCAACCUACGUGAACCUGCCAGCAUUCAUUUCGGUACUGCCGAUCUCAGCGAGAGCAAGGGACCGAUCGCAUACAUGCCUCGCAAGAAUAUCGGACCCACCUCGUACUGGGCCUGUGACGUCUACAUGCCAUCGCUCGGUGUCACGGAGAAGCGCAGCCAGAACGCUACGUGCCUCAUCGAUUCCGGCACAGAGUUGACCUUCCUUGCUCGUGCGCCUCUGCUCAUCUACUUCGAGAAGAUCACAGAAAUUGGAGGUGUCUACAACGCAAGCACCGACUUCUUCCAAUUCCCAAAGGGAGUCGUGCCACCUGCAAUCGACAUCACCAUCGGCAAGACCCUGCUCUCGCUGCCCGGCAAAGCUCAAAUCCUGCCCGAUCGUCUCAAAGCUGCCAAUGGACUUGAUCCAAACUUGGACUACUCUAUCAUCUUGCCCGCGCAAGAGGGUGCAGAGAGUUCGCUCGUUGGAGCUACCCUUCUCAGUCACUACACCAUUGUGUUUGACUCGGAGAAGGACCGCAUUGGCUUCAGUCUUCGAGCAUAG